GAUAAACACUGCUGGUCCACUUUAGCCUGAUGCGCAUCAGAGCCUUUACCGUUUUAUUUUUCUUUGUUCAGCAAGAAACCAUUAAUUUUAAUUCUUUUCCCCAGGAGCUGGAGCUCUACAGAGAGAGGACUAACACUUGGGCUUUAUGAUGAGCAGUUUUUUAACAGUAUGGGAGAAAUGAUUGGAACAAAUAAGUAAGAUUCAACGAGCUUUUCCUUCUCAUAAUACUUCUGUAACUGUGGAGUAAAUCAUUUGGAUGUCCGGUCCGUGCCAGAGCGCAUGGGGAGCGCACUCCGUGGGACUGUUAGUACGUGAGUGACACUAUCCAGCCGGUCACAGCCUUCUCAGUAACCUCAGAAACAGUCCGGGUCCCGGAGGAGGAUGCCUUCCCUGCACCACGGAGCAAUCUUCAUCGGAGCCUUCCUCAUUGUGACCGGGGGCUCCACAGCCUUCCUGGCCUCAUACCAGAGCCGCAUGCAGGCUUUCUCCCUCUGCUGCGUGGUGCUGGGGGUGGUCAUGCUCAUCCUGGGGUUAUUCUGGGCUAUGAACAGCAAAAGUGCAGCAAACUACAACCACCGAGAGUUCGACCCGGAGUGUCCACAUUAUCCAUACAACGACUCCCCCAACUUUGGCAGCCAUGCCCUCUUCACACCCCCAGGAAGCCGUUUCCCAGAGUCCCAGUCAGUGUUUCUGCCUAGGACAAUGGAACGCCACAGGCACGUUGCUCGUGGGGAGGAGUUCGACUACCCUCCCAUGGACCAUGGUGGUUUCAGUCCAUCGCCUCACCCUCCUCCAUGGCAGGAACCCCCGCCUCCCUAUGAGGUUGCCAUCAAGACCACGUGCAGCUCUACACACCUGCGACGCGCAUACUCAGACACACACCUGGCGACAGAGCCCCUGUUUGGACAAUCAAGAGAGAUCAGCUUUGAGGUGUGA